AUGUCCCUCGACAGUCUCAACGUUACCAGUACUUAUCACCGCGACACUUAUCCAGCCAUUUCCCCGUCUAAACCUUCUCUCAGCCAGAAUGGUAGGGCAGUUCUUAUCACGGGGGGAGGUGGCGGAAUAGGCUUCGAAAUCGCUCGGUCGUUUGCUAAAGCGGGAGCCUCAAAGAUCAUCAUCGUGGGACGCAGAUCUGCUGUUUUGGAUGCUGCGGCAGUAAAGCUGCGCGAGGAGUUCAAAGACUCGACCCCGGCUCCUCCUGAGUUCAUCGCUCACCAAGGUGAUAUCGGAAAUGAUGAUUCCAUCUCCUCCCUUUGGGAUUUCCUGAACUCUCAGGGUAUAUUCAUACGUGUAUUGGUGCUUAAUGCCGCUCACGUUACUCCCUGGGGGCUUGAUACACUGAAAAUGGAUAAACGUGAGCUAAUGGAAGGUUUCGACGUGAACGUCGGUGGUAAUUUCCUCAUGACGGUCAAGUUUGUGAACCAGCCACUACGUCCUGUGGGCCAGCAGCUCAAUUUGAUCAAUGUCUCAACUGCUGGUGUACAUAUGAUUCCAGCUCCGAAUCAAACCCCAUACACGACCACCAAAUCAGCAUUCACUGCGCUCAUUGGAAGAAUUGCGGAUGAACGUCCAGUUGAGGACAUUCAGAUCAUAUCUUAUCAUCCAGGUGCUCUGUAUUCGGAAGGUGCUGCAAAAUAUGUGGAUCAAAAUCUUCUCAAGUGGGAUGAAAUGGCAUUGCCUGCAGACUACGCUGUCUGGGCAGCAUCUCCGGAGGCAUCCUGGCUACAUGGACGCUUUUUGUGGGCGCAUUGGGAUGUCGAUGAACUGAAAGCAGACAAGGAAUUUUCGAAGAGACUGAAACAAGAAAAAGGUUUCUUACGGGUUGCGGUCCAAGGGUUGAAGGACAUUUCUAUAGAUGCAUUGUUAAACAAGCAGGGUCAUAACAAGUUGUAG